AUCACCAUCAUCUUUGAUUCUUCUUCUGCAGAGAAAAAUGAACUUGGGCAACCACAAUAACCCAAACUCUCCCUCCCCUCCUCAUCUGAACCUCCACCAAUCCCUCACCUCCCUCCAAACCCACUGCUCCGGUAUCCUCCACAACCUCUCCCACCUCUCUCUCUUCAACCCAAACCCUUCCUCCCUCCAAACCCACCUCCAAUCAGCCCUCUCCAACCUCCAAACCCAAGCCAAAACCGCUUUCCACGCCUCCGAGUCAUCCCAACACAGCCCUCUCUGGGCUCGAAUCGCUGUCAACAGCAAACCCCAGCUGCCUAUCGAUGCUCCCAGAGUUGCUUCCGCCGCCAUGUCGACCGAGGCCAUCGAGGAGAGGCUGGCCGGCGUACCGGUGUAUGCUCUGAGCAAUGCGGCUGAGGAGUUCGUGCUGGUCUCGGGUGCCGCCAGUGGGAAGAGCCUUGGGUUGUUUUGUUUCAAGAAGGAGGAUGCCGAGUCGCUUCUUGAGCAUAUUACAGUUAUGGACCCCGGAAUGCGGAGCGGGUCCAAAGUUGUGGCUGUGGCCUUGAAUAAGGUCUUCCAGCUCAAGGUUGAUGGGGUGGCAUUCAGGUUGAUUCCUGAGUCUUCUCAAGUCAAGAAUGCACUUAAGGAGAAGGAGAAGGCUGGAUCUUCUGACGAUGGUUUCUUUGGGGUGCCAGUUUUUCAGUCGAGGAGCUUGAUCCUAAGAAGCCAAAGCAAGAGCUAUCGUCCAGUAUUUUUCAGGAAGGAGGAUUUAGAAAAUUCACUAUCAAGAGCUUCUCGGGAUCAGAAACAAUUGAAUCCUUCACUUAGACCAGGGGACAUUCAGGUUGCUGUUCUUGAGGAUGUAAUAAAGGGAAUGAAGGAGGGUUCUGCACCAGUCUGGGAUGAUGUUGUUUUUAUCCCUCCUGGAUUCGACAUCUCUACUGAUCCUACCAAGCAAUAGGCACUCGUUGGCAUGAACAUCAUCCUAACACAAAACUACAUCCUGUUUGUUUAUAAUAUUGACAUUAUUGGUGGUGCAAAGACCCUAGUACCAGUAAAAUUGAGUUCCCUUGUAGCUAUAAGUAAUCGUAAUUUUGAAAUUUGUAGGUCGAUUGUUCAAGAUUGCUCAUUGUUUUUAAUCUUAAUUAUCCGUUGUUUAUGUUAAUUGUUUUUUGUGAGCCUGCCCGA